GCUCUCAAGUUUCUCUCUGGUAGCCGAGACGCGCCGAGAGACGUGGGAGUAUGUUUCCAUGUGUGCUCAUGAUCAUUUCGAGAUGAGAGUGAUGGUAGCGACGGGACGUGACAUGUAAUCGCAUUGCGUGUCUCGCAGUGUUUCGACGCGACAGUUGACUACAGGCAUCCGCAGGUUGAGCGUACUGCCGCGCGCGAUCCUUGCUCGAGGGCGGAGAACGAUUGAUAAGUCAGACUUGGCGAGACCAGCCUGCGUGUAUUGCGAGCUCUUACUCUCAAGAAGGCUUCGUUGAAACGAGACUUUACUUACUCAAGAUGAAGAAAAAGGUAUUGUUGAUGGGCAAGAGCGGCUCCGGGAAGACGAGUAUGCGCAGCAUUAUUUUCGCCAACUACAUUGCUCGCGAUACCCAUCGUCUAGGAGCAACGAUCGACGUAGAACACUCUCACGUUCGUUUUCUCGGCAACUUGGUCCUGAACUUGUGGGAUUGCGGCGGCCAGGAAGCAUUCAUGGAGAAUUACUUCGCAUCGCAGCGCGACAACAUAUUUAGAAACGUGGAGGUGUUGAUUUACGUCUUUGAUGUGGAGUCGAGGGAACUGGACAAAGAUAUGCAUUAUUACCAGAGCUGCUUAGAGGCGAUACUGCAAAACAGCCCGGAGGCCAAGAUAUUUUGUCUGGUUCACAAGAUGGAUCUUGUGCAAGAGGACCAGCGCGAUUACAUUUUCAGGGAACGAGAGGAAGAUCUGAAAAGACUGAGCUUGCCUCUAGAGUGCACCUGCUUUAGAACUAGCAUAUGGGAUGAGACAUUAUACAGGGCAUGGUCAUCCAUUGUAUACAUGCUGAUCCCCAAUGUGAAGGAACUUGAGCAAAGCUUGAAUCAGUUUGCCAAUAUUAUCGACGCGGACGAAGUUCUUCUGUUCGAGAGAGCGACCUUUCUAGUUAUAAGUCAUUGCCAGCGGCAGUUUCACAGAGACGUCCAUCGCUUUGAGAAGGUUUCCAAUAUAAUAAAGCAAUUCAAACUGAGUUGCAGCAAGUUGGCGGCGCAGUUUCAAAGUAUGGAAGUUAGAAAUACCAAUUUCGCGGCCUUCAUUGACAUAUUUACCUCGAACACAUACGUGAUGGUCAUCAUGUCCGAUCCAACAAUACCAUCCGCGGCGACGUUGAUCAAUAUACGCAACGCGCGGAAGCACUUUGAAAAGUUGGAGCGUGCCAGCCAGAGCUCGGCGCUGACCAGAUAGAAGUCGGCGCGACCCAGGCGCCUCGUCACCCGGGUCCAUCCUGUUAGCAAUUGCUGAAUUUUCCGGAGUCGCGUCGUUAAGCUAAAGCGCGAUCGCGGGGAUACGAUUGUCAACGAGAUCGGGGUCGCAAAGUAUACUUGACCCUCAACGUGAGCGUUUAUGACAAAAUAAGUAUAUAAUCGACGUGUCCGAAAGAGGCUGACGGUUGUCGUUGUAUUUCAGGUCGUAUUAUAUACAUAGACAUAGUAAGAAUAGACUGCGCGUUUCCUACCUUUCUCGUAUUGAGAACAUGUACAAGCUUUAGAACGAGACAGCUGACAGUUGAGUGGUGGCCUCAUCUCUGUCUAGUAAAGUAGAAGGGUACCAGAAGAGUAAGGGAAACAACAGAGGGCGAUAGAGAGAGGGCUACCACUAAAAGUAUGUCGUCUCUUUAUAAAGUUUGUACAUUCCUUCAGCCAAAUGCGCAGUCUAUAUAUUAUACGUCUGUGAUUGUAUAUUAGGACUGUAUCGGUAUGAAUUCGUCCCACGUGUUUACAUGCAGAUGUAAUGUGGUCAUAAUGUAUCUGCGAUGCAUCUUGUCGAUGUAGAAUAGUUUCCGUUUAUGCGCGAUUCCCUCCUUUCAUUUGGAACCGUUUCUUUUCUCAUUACCGAGUCUAGGAUCAUUCGCGGUUCGAAACGUGUUGCAAUAACAUCCAACGAAUGUUAGCCAUAAAUAAAUCAUUUUAACCACAUGUCUUUCUUUUGUAUUUUUAUGCGUCACGAUACAACAACGUAAGGCCAGGCAUCCACUUGAGAACGUCUGUUCUCAAAGGUGAUGCACGACAGUAGAAAAGCUGCCGAAGAUAAUGGAUACAUACAACUGCUUUUACUUAUGUGUUCAAUGAUUAAAUUUACUACUACGAACUGUUCUCGAGUGUAAGAGAAGUUUGCGAGUGGAUACGCGGCCCAUGUUGCAUCGGAGUAUCGUAAAGUCGACGCGCGGUUCUAGCUGCGCUUAUACUUGGCGCGAGACACCACCGUGUCUCGUGAUAGAUAGUUAACGUCAAUUUCAUAGGAAAGGAUUGUACGGUGUAUUUACAUGUUUACACCCUUGAAUAUGGACGCAAAGUUUACAUACGAGAUAUGACGAAACCAUGAUGUAUUUUUUAAUUGUGCGAAUAAAUUACAACCACGAACAGA